AUGUCACUUGGUUGCCCCUUCUCUUUUUCUGUUGAUUUUUGUAAAAAGCCUGGCAACAAGAAUCCGUGUAAAAAUGGAGGUAUUUGUUUAUCAUAUCACAAUUCAUUUCACUGUGAUUGUUCUGACACUCAUUUUGAUGGAAUUAAUUGCCAACAAAGUUUUGAAGAAAUUAUUCAAAAAAUUUUUAAAAAUUUUCCUCUACCAGAAUCUCUCUCAGCCAAAUUUCAUUUUUCUGAUACUUGGCAAUUGGAGGCAGAAAAUUUGGAAAUUAAAUUUCGUCCAAAGCUGGGAAUAACCUUAAAUGAAUUAAAUAAACAGAAAAAACUUUUUGUUUUAAUUGACACAAGAUCUGAUAUUAUUAACGAAAACGAUCAAGAUAAGCAACGUUUAUUGGUAGCAAUUACUGGGAGUGGAGGAAUAAUUGUACAUUGGGUAUUUCAAGGAAAUGAGCAAAGUACUUUUAAUCUGAGCUCUGCAAACAUUACAAAUAAUGUACAUUGGCAUUCGCUCAAGCUAAUAAGAAGGGGGCAACGAAUGGGGUUAAAAUUGGAUGGAAAAUGGCAUAAUCGUAAGUGUUUUUAUUAA